AUGGCUCAAAAAGCACUGAAAAAAUCCAACAAGACUAAUAAUAGUAAGAAUAAGACUAAAGAUAAACAGCUUGGCUUAAGAAAAGGAGCAAGAACAAUAGCUCCGAAGAAACAGUCAGUAAUAAAACAAAAAAACAUGGAGAAGAAAAUAACGUUGGCAAUAAAUAAGAACAUUGAACAAAUAAUGGUGUCAAGAGCAAGCGCCGUGGCUGGAGGGAGAAAGUUCAAUAUAGUCAAGGCAGCAGGAUCUGACAAUAGGAACAAGGGAGAUCACAAGACAAAGAAGACAAAAUGA